ACUGUCUCUAUUCCCUGACAGCUCUGGGGACCCAACCCUCAAUCUCUAUGGACUCUACAGAAGGAGAGCAGACCCGGCUGGUGUGCAGAUCAGAGGGGUGGGACCCUGAACCUGAAGUGAUCUGGAGAGACAGGGAUGGAAACGAUGUGACAUCACUGUCCAACACAACAGUGCAGAGGGACAGUCAGGGGCUCCGCAGUGUCAGCAGCUACAUCAAAAUCAAACCACAGUCCAACGUGUUCUCUUGUCUGGUUAGAAGUAAAAUACCCAAACCAGACUGGGAAUCCAAACUCCACAUAUCCAGUGAUUUUUUCCCAGGAGUCUCUGGAUGGAUGGUGGCUUUCUUCUUGACUUUAGCUCUCAGUAUUGGAGCCAUUCCUCUGCUGGUGAUCCAAUGGAGAAGAAUGGAUGCCAUGGAGAGACAGUUUGAGCCUAUGGCUGCUCAGCGCCUUCGUGAGGAACUUGAGUCUGUAAAGCGAGAGGUCCUUAAAUCAGAAUGGAAGUGGAUCCUCAGCUCAGCAGUUGACAGUUUGACUCUGAACCUCGAUACAGCACACCCCCGGCUCACCCUGCCUGUGGAUGGGAAACAAUUGAGAGGGAAAAGGCAGGAUUAUAACAGUUCUCAGAGAUUUGAUUACAGGCGCUGUGUGCUGGGCAAGGAGUGCUUCACCUCAGGGAGACACUACUGGGAGCUGGGGGUGGGAGAGAAUACAUUCUGGAGAUUAGGAGUCAGCAGAGAGUCUGCCCAGAGGAAGGGGAAGUUCAGUAUAACCACCCAGCAGGGUUACUGGACUGUGGGGUGGGAUGGAGAUGAAGAUAAAGAUGAGUUCAUUGCUCUCACUGACCCCCAGACCCCCCACCCCCUGAGCCUGAAGCCCCAGAAGCUGGGGGUAUAUCUGGAUUAUGAGGAAGGACAGCUCUCCUUUUACAAUGUGGAGACCAGAUCUCACAUCUACACUUUCACUGACAUGGAGUUCAAGCCCAAUAAGAAACUCUAUCCAUUCUUCUGGACUUGGGAUGAGAAAACAGACCUUGCACUGGUGUCCCCGGGGAAGAUGAAUGACAGCUCUUUCUUUCUUCUAGUCUGGAAAUGGAUUCUUGCUGCAUCAGUUGAUGUGACUCUGGACCCUGAUACAGCACAGCCCCAGCUCAUCCUGUCUGCGAAGGGGAAACGAGUGAGAGAGGGAGAGACACGGCAGGAUAUCCCUGACAAUCCAGAGAGAUUUGAUCGCUGGUGCUGUGUGCUGGGCAGGGAGGGCUUCACCUCGGGGAGACGAUACUGGCAGGUGCAGGUGGGGGGGAAUACAUGGUGGAUAUUAGGAGUCAGCAGAGAGUCUGCCGAGAGGAAGGGGGGGAUCAGCAUGACCCCCCAGCAGGGUUACUGGACUGUGGAGUGGUGGAGUGGAGGUGGGUUCACUGCUCUCACUGACCCCCAGACCCCCCUCCCCCGGAGCCUGAAGCCCCUGAAGCUGGGGGUGUAUCUGGAUUAUGAGGAAAGGCAGCUCUCCUUUUACAAUGUGGAGACCAGAUCUCACAUCUACACUUUCACUGACAUGGAGUUCAAUCCCAAUGAGAAACUCUAUUCAUUCUUCUGUACUUACAGUAAUAUAGACCUUGUGCUGGAGUCCCCUGACCCAGACCCUGUCAGCGCUGCAGAUUAAACACACAUUGCUGUCUGAACCAGACAAUCUCCUCUUCACUUUCACUGACACUCUCUCUGCACUCUUCUGGGCUGAUGAGAAAAAAUCCUCUCUCUUCCACCCUCUUACCCUGAGCCCCUCCUCUUUAUUUCUCUACACCCCCUUUCCUACUCUCCCUUCCUGUCUGCCUCUCUCUUUCCCCUCCACCUCUCCAUCUCCAGAUCCCUCUUUCUCUCAUCUUCUACUCUCCUCUCUCUUUCUCUUCCCUCUGAUAUAUUAAUCCCCUCCCUUUCCACUCUCCAUCUCUCCACCAUCCUCUCUACUCUCUCUCUCUCCUCCAUCUUCUCUACUCUCCCUCUCUCCUUCAUCCUCUCUACUCUCUCUCCUCCAUCUUCUCUACUCUCCCUUUCUCCACCCUGUCCUCUCUACUCUCCCUCUCUCCACCCUGCCUUCUCUACUCUCCCUCUCUCCACCCUGCCCUCUCUACUCCCUCUCUCCUCCAUCCUCUCUACUCUUUCCUCUCUCCACUCUGCCUUCUCUACUCUCCCUCUCUCCUCCAUCCUCUCUACUCUCCCUCUCUCCACCCUGCCUGCUCUACUCUCCCUCUCUUCACCCUGCCUGCUCUACUCUCCCUCUCUCCACUCUGCCUUCUCUACUCUCCCUCUCUCCUCCAUCCUCUCUACUCUCCCUCUCUCCUCCAUCCUCUCUACUCUCCCUCUCUCCUCCAUCCUCUCUACUCUCCCUCUCUCCUCCAUCCUCUCUACUCUCCCUCUCUCCACCCUGCCCUCUCUACUCUCCCUCUCUCCACCCUGCCUUAUCUACUCUCCCUCUCUCCUCCAUCCUCUCUACUCUCCCUCUCUCCACCCUGCCUGCUCUACUCUCCCUCUCUCCACCCUGCCUGCUCUACUCUCCCUCUCUCCUCCAUCCUCUCUACUCUCCCUCUCUCCUCCAUCCUCUCUACUCUCCCUCUCUCCACCCUGCCCUCUCUACUCUCCCUCUCUCCACCCUGCCUUAUCUACUCUCCCUCUCUCCUCCAUCCUCUCUACUCUCCCUCUCUCCUCCAUCCUCUCUACUCUCCCUCUCUCCACCCUGCCUUCUCUACUCUCCCUCUCUCCUCCAUCCUCUCUACUCUCCCUCUCUCCUCCCUGCCCUCUCUACUCUCCCUCUCUCCACUCUGCCUUCUCUACACUCCCUCUCUCCACCCUGCCCUCUCUACUCACCCUCUCUCCACCCAGCCUGCUAAUAAAUAAAUAAUGAUAAAAGACUUUCUAGACAAUAGAUGAAUGCAUUAUUUUCCAUGUAAUCAAUAUUUACACUGAAGCUGAGAUGCUCCCUGAAUAUUAUUCAUUGCUAAACCAGUGAACUGAUUUCUGCUAUUUUGAUAUGAAUCUUCUGUUCUGUUUUUGUAGCGCAUCUAUUUUCUCUCUUUCUUGAUAAAAUGUAUAAAAGAUAUAA